GACAUGGAUGGCGAGCAAACCCCGGCGGAAUCGACUCCUACGAGCGAAUCGGCUCCAUCAAGCACCAAGGCAGUUGCAGGACCAGCAUUGCAACGCCCAGUGGACGCCAAAGUCACCAAGCCGAAACGCAGCGUGGUUCAUGUUGCAUGUGCUUGUUGCAGGCGACUUCGUAUCAAGCUANNGUGCGACGGAGUACGACCGACUUGCCAACCAUGCGCCAGGAGAUACGAGGACUGUGUGUACGAUGUCGAGGCCAACACGACACGAUCCAACGCGCUAAAGCGCAAGAAUGAGGAGCUGGUAAAGGAGAACUCUCAGCUCCGAACGCUGUACGACUUCCUACAGAACCGGCCCCUGGUCGAGGCUGAGGAGAUUUUUCGUCGCAUCCGCAGCACUCGAGAUCCACUCGAAGUCUUGCGCCAUGUUUCGACUGCCGACAUGCUCAUGGCGCAGACGACUGUCUCUGAAAGGCACACACAGAGUCAGGAUCCUCAAAGCAGUUCUUCCAACAGGAACUAUGCCCCUGGGUCCGGUACACUCAAGUAUGAUCCUGUUCACGACAGUCAGUGA